AGUCAGCAGCGCAGCCCAGGAAAAAUCCACUUUCUUUCCCAGGCCAACAACGACACCACAACAUCAUCACCAACUUUCUUCUUCCCACCAUCACAUCUCUUCCUCACUUCACGCAUACCGACAAACAGCCAAUAUGCCUAAGAACAAGGGAAAGGGUGGAAAGAACCGCAGACGUGGUACCAAGGAGAACGAUGACCAGCGCCGAGAGCUCACCUUCAAGGAGGAUGGCCAAGAGUAUGCUCAGGUCGUGAAGAUGCUUGGCAACGGUCGUCUCGAGGCUCUGUGCUUCGAUGGAAGCAAGCGUCUCGCCAACAUUCGCGGUAAAAUGCGAAAGAAGGUCUGGAUUAACCAGGGUGAUAUUAUCCUCCUCUCUCUCCGUGACUUCCAGGACAACAAGGGCGACGUCAUCCUCAAGUACACCGCCGACGAAGCCCGUACCCUCAAGUCUUACGGCGAGCUCCCUGAGAACGCCAAGAUCAACGAAACCGACUCUUUUGGCCAGGGAGAGGAUGGCGAGGCCUACUUCGAGUUCGGCGACGCUGAUUCAGACGAUGAGUCUGACGAUGGCGCCGCUGGCAACAAGAAGGAGGUCGACAUUGACGACAUUUAAGCUCGCCAAAGCCCUCCAAAUCCCCUUCUCUCUCUCUCUCUCCACCGAGCCCCCGACGCUACCGGGUGAUACGAUUGUAUUUCGCGGCUGGUGUUGUUGAUAUUGUCUUCUCUCUCAAACCCGGAGCCGAGCACCCAAAGCUCUGUGCCUCGGGUCCCACGACAGUAGUUGCUGUGGAGUCGUAGACGGCCGUGGUGGGAGGGACGUCACGGCAUGUCGUUCUCUUUUGGACUUUCAGUAUCACGAUCGAGUUUUCUGUCUUGUUCCGUUUUUAGGUAGUUUUUACUGGACGAACAUGUUUUUUUCUUCACGCUUUAUGAUCAUCACAUUCGUCUCAAAAGCACAGGUUAGACAAGACAAGAAAAUGCUUACUAUUGUUUCAUAAAUAUUCCUUGAUUCUCGCAUUGCAUCAAUGCCGUCAACAAUAAAGGCAAACCACUAUUGCCGAGUUUGUUGGCUAGUCAUUCUGUAAUCUUAUAAAAUUUCGUUAAUGCUAUAGGUGUCUAUAGAACAUAACCAACUUUUGUCAUGCCAACUGGAAAUGGCACAGACGCAGUACAACCAUUUGGUAAUGCGAACCCGACCUCAGAUGCUUGUGCUGAUUCACAACCAAGAUACGUCUGCAACUGAUUGAUUCGUCACAAUCCUCGUCGUUACCCACAAGUGCAAAUUUUAUAAAAGACAAGUCGAGAAACCUUUGUCAACUAUGUCUACCACGCUCUUCCUUCCUUCUCUUGGAUUUUGUGUUAAUGUGGUUCAGUUCACCAGUCAUCAUUGUCACUCUCGUCAUCUUAUCUAGUGUUAGCACAUCACUCUUGACCAACAAAAGCAUAUUGAACUUACCACUCUUCGAGACCUUUUCUUUUCUCUUCUGGAGAGCAGCAGCCAGGGCAUCGGCCAUGCCACCGCCACCACCAGGCGCACCAGCUGCGGCAGAUGCGGCAUUAGCACCGCCAGAAUCGCCGCCACUGCCGACUUGAGCACCACUGCGGUCGCGAAUCUGUGAGCGAUCAACCUUCUUGAGGGAGUUGAUUCCGCCGGCACGUUGGAUGCCUUCCAACAUGGCUGAUCGGCCAGUAUCCCCCCCUGCAGCAACAGGAGGGAGAGGAGGCGGCGGAGGUGCACCGGUUCCAGGCGGCAUGGGAGGCGGAGGAGGCGGAGGUGCACCAGAGCCUCCUGGGGGUGGAGGGGGCGGAGGAGGUGGAGGAGGUGCACCAUUUGUUGAUGUUGGUGGUAGCGGAGGAGGUGGAGGAGCACUUGUCACCGGUAAGGGAGGUGGAGCAGGAGGGUGAUUGUUGGCUGCUGGAGGAGGAGGAACAGGCCGGGAGCUUGGAGGCGGCAGUGGUGGAGCUGAAGAAGCUGGUACUUUGGGAGGCAGAGGAGGAGGAAGAGCUGCAGGCACAGGGUGGUUAUCGGCCGGUCGAGGUGGUGGUGGAGGAGGAACAGGCCCACGGCUAGGUGUUGGCGGGGGUACUCUUGAACCAGGAAAGGGAGGAGGAACUCCGAAUCUGUGGCUCUCAUUCUUCUGUGUUUCUAUAGGAGUCUUUGCCGGUCGCGGAGGAGGGGGAGGUCCAGGAGUGGGUGUUGCUGGAACAGCCCUUGGAGGAUCUUGACGUGCAAAUUUGCCAGCGUCGGCCAACGGAGGAGGGACACCAAACUUGGGUCGAGGAGGUGACGGCGCUCGUUCAGGCGCAGCAUCCUUCGCCGGAGAUUCGGCUUUGCCAGACCGUCUCGGGGCUGGAGGAGGCGGGGGGCCGCCUUUUCUCGGAGCCGGGGGGGCUGGAGGACCGUCUGACUGAGGUCGACCACCAGGCGGCGGCGGCGGCGGCGGCGGCGGAGCUCGAGAGCCUCUUCCUUCAUUGCCGUUCGCGGUUGGCGUUGGCGAGGGUGCUUUCGCUGCUGGAGGGAGAGGUGGUGGCGGUGUCGAAUGAGGCUGAUUGGCCUUCUGUUGUUCUUCUCUCAAGAAGUCGACAAUAAACUCUUGGUUUUCUUUAAUGAAGUCGUCCGUUAAACCCUUGUCUUGAAGAUCUGCACCAAAGUGCUCGCGCCACAGAGGAUCGAACGCAUCUAAAAGUGCGAAUUCAGAUGGUCUUGAGCCAUUGAGGUUGGGCGUUGAGUUGACAACAUGAUGCUGGAUGGAGUUAUGCGGCAUUCGGGGAGACUCCGGAGGGGUUGGAGCUGUGUGCUGAGAGCUGAUAUGAGUCGAAUGGCGAUGUCCGAACAGCCCUCCCAACAGGCCAUGCUUAUGGGCUGGCUGGGCACCUCCACCGAAGGGUGUCGACUUUGUAGCUCGGCUUGCAUUCUUCUCUCGCUCAUCCAUUUUCUUCUUGAACUGUUUGGCCUCCUUUUCGUCGACGAAGCUCAGACCAGCCAGGCAUUCUUCGAGUUCGAAGGUAUGAAAGAAGGUUCGGUCUUGGUUAUAGUUCCACGUAUCGAAAAUCUCCUGGUCCCAGAUAACUCCUCGAUUGGAAGGCUGAGCAAGUUAGCAAGUGGUGGUCAGAUGUGGCGGACAGCGUUUAAGAUAUUGGAUCGUGGACAUACCGAAAUAUCCACCAUCUUG